CCAUCGUUCACUUCAUUUUGUUCAAGUGGCAUAGUGAAAUCUUCGUCAAAAUUUAAAAAUCACAAUAUAAAAAUGAAAAAGGAAAACCUAACUUUUUUUGUCAGCACCUAACUUCUUAAUUGGAAACUUAGAAUAUAAAACAUAAUCUAAAAACUAAAAAAAAAUUAUUUAUUGGUUCAACCGGUGGUUCAACCGGUAUCGGGUUCCGGAUUUUAGUGAGUUUUUGUGAGUUUUUGCGGGUUUCUAAAUAUUGGGUUUUUCACAAAACUCAAACCGAAUUUUUUCUAGGUCACCGGGUUUACCGGUUCAACCGCGGGUCCGGGUCGGGUUUCAAAACACUGCUGUAAACUGUUACCUUUGUUUCUAUAUUUAUGAUGGAAAUAUAAUUACCAAAGGAUUUUUUUACUCUUUAAGACACUUUUUGUCUUUCAAAUUACAUAAUAGGUCACUUGCUGGUGGAGGCACACUUUCUCUUUGUGCAAUGUCCUAUAUGUCCUCAAUCUAACUACGCUCUCUCCUAACCACAACCCUUCUUAACUAAGCUGUCACUUUCCCUUCUUUAAAAAAAAAACAAUUGAUCAGUUUCUUAUUUUUUAGUUUUCAAAAACCAACGGGUAAACGACAUAUUUCCACACCAGAAGUAUCAUAUAGUAACAGUUACACACGAUCUUUCAACCUCGUCUUAAUUGCAUGCAUGAAAACUUAUCAAACUGAUUUCCCCCCGAUUUGAAAGAUCGAAACCCGAAUCCACAUAAAACAUUUCGUCGGAACCAAACCUACACCUAGCCGAUUUAAAUUGAUUUACUAUUUAUCUAUUUGUAAUCUAAUCAAUAGAUAACCUAACUAAACCAAAAAUGACCCAAUUAAAAGUGCUAAACCAAAAAAUAUAUAACCUGAUCUACUAACCGAGGUUUACCCAGAAAACUGAAGUCACAUAAUGUUGAGGAAGAAGAAGAAGAAUUCGAACAACAGCAAAAGAAAAAGAAAACCCAGAAAAAAUUUUUGAGCUUUUUGUUUCCCCCAAAUCAUUCUUCUAUUUUAUUGGAAAGACAAAAAUUAUGUAUGUGGCUGUGAAUCUCGUCUUCCUCCUUUUGAACAAUAUGAAAUCUGCAAAGCUCUACACAUUGUCUGAUGCCAUUGUUGAAUCUGACGAAUACCCUUCACUUUCUUUCCUUAGAGAUUGCUUGUUCUAACAGAGCUAGAGGUCCUCGUAGCCUCUUUUGUGUGUGUGUGUAAAUAUUGGGAGGUUCUCGUGGACAAAGAGACGCCAAGGGAGAAGACGCCAUCGUCGUUCGGAAGCCUCUCGGAUCAUCAAUUUUAAAAUGGCUUACUCUAUUCUCUCAAUUUUAAAAUGGCUUACUCUGUUCUCUAAACGAGGUUACUUGAUUCUAGUUGAGGAUUUGUCUUACGAUCAAACGCCUUUUAUGAAAGAUGGAUGUGAGAGGGUGAAAGCGCGUGGAGCUAGAGUGAUGAGUGUUCUUUGUUGUUGCAAGCGAUGGGAUUAUCGAGUUUCUUCCAAGCCAAGCUGUUGUUGGUAUAGUAAUUUAUGAAGAAAACAUAAAAAUUUGGAAAAUCUUUCAUGUGUUUUCAACUAUUGUAUGUGUUCUGUUUGUUUGCAGGUGGGGAGAUACACAGAUCCGCGAGAUGGCUUCAAAACCGGGUGAACAAAGUCGGAUCUCUCUGGUCGAAUUGUAUUUUGUAUUUUGGUUUGAUUUACCUGUUACAAGCCAAUAAAUCAAUGAAUAACCGAAGCUAUGUGGAUUCGGGUUUGGAUCAUUUGAAUCGGGGGGAAAUAGGUUUGAUAAGUUUUCAUAUGUGCAAUUGAGACGAGGUUGAAAGAUCGUGUGUAACAGUUACUAUAUGAUACUUCUGGUGUAGAAAUAGGUCGUUUACCCAAAACCCAACCUAUAUUCUCUCUCCAACUUUACUUUUUCAGAUUCAGAUUUACUUUUUCUAAUUUGACGGUCCCUUCGUUUACUAACCCUAAUUCUGUGAACCCUCUUCUUCUCCAUCUUCAAUUUCUCCAUAGAACACCAUGAAACCAGAGGUCCGCCGCGAGUUUGAUUGUGUAAUCUCAUCUACACGACUUGGGAACUCUCGAGAAUCCUCCACCAAAAUUUAUAUGUACGACAGUCUGGCUCUGUGGUUCUCCUCUGGACGAAUCUCUUUAUUGUGAUGUGUCUUGAUUGGAUUCAGCUUAGUUCCUACUGAUGAAACCAAUCUCCAUAGCAAAGGUAAACAUUAAUCUGAUAUACGGCGCGUAAUUAUCGAAGUUCUCUCCUCAAAUACACUCCCAAAUUGAUUUGUUUUAUUUUGUUUUGUUUUGGAAAUUCCGUUCAAUAACACAAACCAUAAACGAAAAGUUUGAGAUGAAAUCAUGAGGAAGUUGAGAAGUGGGGAGGUAAUCAAGAAGGAUUUGAGAUUUCGAGACAAACGAAAGGUGGACUGAGUUCGUUGAUUGUCUCUGUUUCUCGAAAUCGAGGUAAGAUUCUUUUUUUUGUUUUCUUCACUCGUGAUUUUUUGUUCUGAGAAAUUGAUGUUCUGAAAAAUUGAGGAAAACGGGUUUGAGUUUAGUUUGUUUGAUGUGUUGUGUGCAUUUUCUCCAUGAAAAUAUGAACUAUCUUUUGGUUGAUAUCAUUGUACUGUAUUGUUUGGUAUUGAAACAUGUGUGGUUGAUUUCUUUGUUUUUGUUUUGUCUAAUUUGACGUUCGGUUGUUGUUUCGUCUUUGUAUAUGUCAUCGUCUUUGUGUUUCUAUGUCACUGUAUUUUACUGUGUUUGUGUGUUUUGUGUUUCGUUUGUGGUAUCAUGUAUGUGUGGUGUGGCAAAGAAAUUGCAGACAGUGUCACCUACCAACAAUGUUACCAAUCGUAUAACUUCUGAAAGUUUUUGUUGGCUACAUGACAGGAUCCUUGAGGAGAGUCUAAGAGGUCAUAAAGCUCGAGAGUUGAUGCUGACACCUAGUGGUGUUUGUCCUUCAUAUUUUGUCCUUUAGUUUGGUUUGAGUCGUUGCCUCAAGACCUUUGUUCUUUCUCUUAAGUAAUGAAAAUGUUUUCGUCUACAAAUUUUUAUCAACAGAUUCCAUCCAUGUCCACAAAUUUAAUCCAUGUCCAUGUCCACAGAUUUAGUCACGUCUCUCUGUCCACAACAAUAAAUUAUUAUGUUUACAAUUUUUGAAUUCUUCGUUCUAUACAACAAAUUAUAUAUCCUACAUUUAUCAUAUUUAUUGAGAUCUUUGUCCACCAUUCUUUAUCCACAAAUUUAUUUUUUAUGAUCGAGAACGUCUGCUUUUAAAAAAUUUAGGUUCGUGUCCAUGUCCACACAUUUUUAUAUAAAUGUUUAUAUAUCCAUGUCCACACAUUUUUAUAUAAAUGUUUAUAUAUAUAUGAAAUGGAUGUUGAAAGAUAAAGAAUCUUAUGUAUAAUUUAUUAUGUUAAUUAUAUUUAUUUUAUAUAUUUUAAUUUUUGAGAUAAGAGUAAAAGAAAACAAAAGUGAAAUAAAAGAAACAACGAUAGCAUAAAAUAAAAAAUAAAAUGGUGGACAGUUUCUUAUAUACACGUACUUUAGUACAUCUGUAAGUUACUUUUUCUAACUAGAUAACAAAUUAAUUUUUCAGAUGCUUAGCUAAAACAAUUAUAUCACUCUUUUCCAUCGUUGAGCAAAGGGCAUAUGAGUUAAAAAGAUGUCUAGUACACCGUAAAAGUAUGCUUCCAGCACAUUAUGUGUUAAAGUGUCAAAAAAGAGAAAAAUGUAUCCCAUAGAGAAAUCAACUCUUACCGAAGCGUAAAAGAAAAACAUUUCCCGUCUUCUGCUACGUCGUGUCAUGAAAGAUUCUUGGGUUCACUGAGAAAGGAAGAAACCCUAUGAACAGUGGCUUCCUCUCUUCUUCUCCAACUUGCUGCUUCCUCCAUGGCUAAUUCAGUUUCUUAGAAGCUCGAGUCAAGUUUGAGGAGACCCCAUGAUGGAUUCUGAUAUUCAAAUUAGUUCAGGUAGUAGUAGUAGCAGCAGCAGCAACUGCAGUGGUAGUGGUAGUGAUGACGAGCUCAUUGGGAAAGAAACUAGUGGGAGCAGUAGUUUUACUUCCUCUGCGGGUAAUAGUCAAGAUAGUGCUGGAUGUACGAAUCAUGCUUCUCCUAGUGGGAAUGGGGUUAGGAUACUCCCUCCUUCUUCUAUGACACAUGGAACAUCUGCUUCUCCUUUACAUGGUCCAAGCGAUCCAGUGGACAUGACUGGAAAUGAAAUUGGGGAAGACAAGAAUUCUGAGAGGCUGAUCUAUCAGGAUGCACUACAGAAUUUGAAUCAACCCAGGACAGAAGUUGAUCUACCUCCUGGUACUCUUUCAGUUCCUCUUAUGAGACAUCAGAAAAUUGCAUUGGCAUGGAUGUUACGAAAGGAAACAACUUGUUUAGACUGUUCAGGAGGGAUAUUAGCAGCUGAUCAGGGACUUGGUAAGACAGUCUCGAUGAUUGCUCUUAUCCUGAAGCAAAAGUAUGAGUCGCAAUUAAAGUCUGAGAUCACAAGCAAGCAAGAAUCUGAAAUACUGGACCUGGAUGCUGAUGAUGAUGAGUCAGAAAAUGCAAAGCAUGAUGAAAGUGAAAGUCAUGCAAGACCACCAAAGCUCAUGGUUUCAAGCAAUAGUGACACCAUGGUUCUUCUGAGUGAUGAUGAGGAUGGUAGUUCAGAUAUGGAGAAUGCCAAAGAUGAAGAAGCGAGACAGGAACUUACUAGCAACAAGAGACCAGCUGCUGGUACAUUGGUUGUUUGUCCCGCGAGUGUUGUAACGCAGUGGGCAAGAGAACUUGAUGAGAAGGUCUCUGAUGAAUCCAAACUCUCUGUUUUAGUCUACCAUGGUGGUAAUAGGACCAAAGAUCCUAGUGUAUUAGCAAAAUAUGAUGUGGUUAUCACAACUUACGCCAUUGUUACCAAUGAAGUUCCCAAACAGUUCUUGGUGGAUGAGGAUGAGAACGAUGAAAGUCACAGCUUCUCCAACAGAAAACAUAAAGUUUCUGUGAGUGCUAGUAAGAAUAGAGGUUCUUUUGGGGGUACACUAUCAAGAGUUGGGUGGCUUAGAGUAGUACUUGAUGAAGCUCAGACAAUUAAGAAUCAUAGAACACAAGUGGCAAGAGCAUGUUGCAUUCUUAGAGCCAAAAGGAGGUGGUGUUUGUCUGGAGCUCCGAUACAAAACACAGUUGAUGAUUUAUAUAGCUAUUUCAGGUUCCUUAGAUAUAAUCCGUACGAUGUGUACAAGUCAUUUUACCUUGGAAUCAAGGCUCCAAUUAGCAGAAAUGAAAAACAUGGUUACAAGAAGCUUCAAGCUGUUCUAAGGGCUGUAAUGCUGCGUCGUACCAAAAGAGCAUUGCUUGAUGGACAACCCUUAAUCAAUCUACCUCCAAAGAAAGUUAAUUUGAACAAGGUGGAGUUUUCAGUGGAGGAGUUGUCUUUCUACAAGAAGCUUGAAGCGGAAUCACGAUCACGAUUCAAGGCCUAUGCUGCUGCAGGAACGUUGAACCAAAACUAUACCAAUAUUCUAUUGAUGCUUUUGCGUCUACGCCAAGCUUGUGACCACCCACAACUUGUUCACCGAUCUACCUCAGAUCCUUAUGGAAAAGAAUAUGAAGAAGCAGUUCAAAGACUUUCUAAGGAGGCUCGAAUCAACCUGCUCAGUCGUUUAGAGUCAUCAUCUGCCAUCUGCAAUAUCUGUAAUGAUCCACCAGAACACCCUGUUGUUACGCUGUGUGGCCAUGUAUUUUGCUAUCAAUGCAUUUCAGAACAUAUCUCUGGUGAUGAGAACAUCUGCCCUGUGCGGUCAUGCAGAGAAUACUUUGGGCGUGGUGAUGAUGUUUCCUCUGAUUCUGCUCUUAGAAACAGCGUUGCCAAUGAUUUAGGCUGUAGUUCUUCUUCGCAGGAUAAAUCAUUUUUUCAAAAAAAGGAGUUUACUUCAUUGAAAAUCAAAGCUGUCUUAGACAUCCUUUCCAGAGCACAUGAAGGUGACAAUUUUACCGUUGUAGAGCCACCUAGCCAGGAACCAAUAAAGACGCUAGUGUUCUCUCAGUGGAAUGGCAUGCUUGACUUGGUUGAGCUGUGUUUUAUCGAAAAUGGCAUAGAGUUCAGAAGAUUAGAUGGUACAAUGAGUCUAGCAGCAAGAGACAAGGCUGUUGAAGAAUUCAGCAAUGAUCCAGAUGUAGAGGUGAUACUGAUGUCGCUAAAAGCUGGAAACCUUGGUCUGAAUAUGGUAGCUGCAAGUCAUGUUAUUCUUUUGGAUCUUUGGUGGAAUCCAUCGCGUGCACAUCGUAUUGGACAAACUCGGCCUGUUAGUGUAACUCGUGUCACUAUAAAAGACACCGUUGAGGAUAGAAUGUUGUUUCUUCAGGAGGAGAAAAGGAGAAUGGUUGCAUUUGCGUAUGGUGAAGAUCAUGGUGGAAGCUCUGCGACUCGACUGACUGUUGAUGAUCUCAAGUAUCUUUUUAUGGUGUAGACCACUGAAUUGUAUGCUCUACCCGUAGCCUUCUGCUUUAGUUAUGUUGCAUAGUACUACAUAUUAGUAAUGGAGAUUGUGGCUAACGUUUCUUGAUCAAGAAGAAACCUCUUUUGUAAUUGAACUUCGAUACUGUGGCUCUCCUAGGACUUCGUGUUUUGUUUUUGUGAGGCUUGAAGCCAGUCAUUCGAAAUAUUCAAAUUUGUGUUUAAUAUUAUUUAUCAUCAUUGAUUAUAUAUGUUUUACAAUUA